AUGGUGCAAGGCGCCAUCAAGUCAUCUACGCGGGCCAAGGCGCCCAAGGCGACACACUCGAAGCGCCAGGUGGCCAAGGUAGCCAAGCCCAAGACCAACAAGGCUGGCGUCGACAAGGCACACAAGAAAUUCACUUCAGGCCUCAUUGCCAAGACUGAGGCCCUUCUAGGCGAGCGCGCGGGCCACCUGGAACUGAUUGGGAAGGGCAAGAAAGGCAGCAAGAAGGCGACAAUCAAGGGUGGCUCCAAGAAGUUUGGCUGA